UUUGAGACAUUCACACGAUACGACCGAAAAUACCUAUUUACCACCCUAGUCUGUUAGGGGCUGAUGAAGGCCGGGUCGGAUCUGCCAUCGUCAACUGCAGAGUCUCACCAUACAGUUCACUGAUCUUAGGCUUCUCUCUCUUUCAUAAUUUCUGGUUUCUUCAGCCUGUACUUUGUUUUCAGGUUCCGGAAAAGGCUUUUGGGAAUGGCAGCAAUUUACAGCCUCUACAUCAUCAACAAGUCUGGUGGCUUGAUCUUUUACAAGCUUAUUUGACAAAAUUUGUGUGCACAUACUUGCGUCCAUGACAAUUAGGAUUAUGGAUCUGCUGGACGGAUGGACACAAAUGAUAGCUUACGAGUGGCAAGUUUAUGGCACUCGAUGCAUGCAAUUUCUCAGCAAUUAUCGCCAGUUGUUGGUUGUUCAGGGAUUGAGCUUCUUGAAGCGGAUACAUUUGAUCUCCACUGUUUCCAAUCACUCACUGGCACAAAGUUCUUUGUGGUCUGUGAGCCUGGUACACAGCAAAUGGAAGGUCUCCUGAAAGCCAUCUAUGAGUUGUACACGGAUUAUGUCUUGAAGAAUCCCUUCUAUGAGAUGGAGAUGCCUAUAAGGUGUGAGCUUUUUGAUAUAAACCUAACACAGGCAGUACAGAAGGAUCGGGUUGCCUUGUUGGGCCGAUAGUCUCCUUAAUUGGGACUUGUAUCUGACAUACUUGUUAUUCGCUCUGAUUUAUUCUAAUGUUCAUUAUCAAUUUAUCAGAGCAAUCUUAUUUUCUAGUUGAUAUGAUAAGAUAGCUCAUUUUUUGUUAAGAGUCCAGGCUGAUGUUAAUUUCUGGAUGAUUAACCAUGGUGUACUCAGUGAUGGAGAGAGUGUUUCUUCUGGAUGGAUUAUUUGGAAAUCAUAUUGUAAAAAAUGUUAAGAACUUGUAUACUCGUAUACUCUAUCAGAGCAAUCUUAUGGGCUGUGCUUUGUUAUUGGAUUUCA